UCUACAAGCUUUGACAUUACUAGAACCCAUAUUUUAAGAAGCAAUUAUGAAGAGCUGCUCUGUUGUUCGUGAAAAUAACAAAAACAAACAUUUCAAACCAACCAAGGAACCCAUGUUUUCUGACUACUUACAAGGAAAUCCUGUUAAAACAAUAACACAAAAAUGAACAAAGUUCCACGAUAUUUUGAGAAAGUAGAAGACUCAAAUGAAACUCAAAAUAAAGAUAUUAAACCGAAAAAAGAAUUUAAGAAGGAUAUUGUGUUUAAUAUUGACGUGAAACCAAAACCAUGGGGUCGUAGAAGGGAAGAUAAUCGAAUCAGAAAGGAACAAAGAAAUCCAAAUAAAAUAAGUAGAAAGAAUGUUAAGUACAGUGCUAAUACAAAACCAAAACUAUGGGAUCAUAGAACAAGAGAUGGUGGAGUUAAAAAAAUCAUAUAUGUUCCAAAUCCUAAUCCUAAGUUUCCUGGUCGUGUUCCCAUACCUAAACAAAAACUACAGAGGCAUAGUAGAGGUGAAGGCAUAGAGAAAAAAGGAAUUCGAACAGGUGUGCACAGGAAGAAAUUUGAAAAGAAAGAAAGAAAUAUUAAAUUAGCAACUGAAUUAGCAGCCACAGGUUUUCUAGAAGUAGAUGCUGGUGAAUCGAGCACUCAGUUUACACAGAAAGAGAUUGCAGCUAGUGUUGAUAUUACAUCAGCCACAAAAUACUUUGAAUUACAUCUGCAUGAAUUCGGCCCCUAUCGUGCGAAAUAUACUCGAAAUGGAAGACACCUGCUUUUGGGUGGUAAAAUGGGGCACGUUGCCGCGUUUGAUUGGAUGACAAAAAAAUUACACUGUGAAAUAAACGUAAUGGAAACAGUACACGAUAUAUGUUGGCUGCAUGUAGAAACAAUGUUUGCAGUCGCCCAGAAAAAUUGGGUUUAUGUAUAUGAUAAUGAGGGGAUUGAAUUACACUGUCUGAAAAAACUUAAUAAAGUGUCUAGAAUGGAAUUCUUGCCAUAUCAUUUCAUUUUAGCAACAGCUAGCGAGGUUGGGUACUUAAGUUGGUUAGACAUUUCAAUUGGUCAAAUUGUAGCACAAUACAAUACAAACAUGGGUCGUCUAUCUAUAAUGGCUCAAAAUCCUCAAAACGCUGUUUUAUGCUUUGGGCACAGUAAAGGAGUUGUGACUAUGUGGGCACCUUCAUCUAAACAGCCCCUUGUUAAAAUGCUCUGCCACAAGUCACCAUUAACUGCACUCCAUAUUGAUCCCAGAGGAAUAUACAUGGCAACUGCUGCCAUUGAUAAAAGCAUUAAAGUUUGGGAUGUAAGACAACUAGGUGAACCUUUGCAAAAUUAUACUGUGAGGUCUGCUGCUGAAUGUAUCAAUUUCUCUCACACAAACAUGUUGGCCCUGGGAAUGGGAAAUAUUAUCGAAGUUUAUAGGUAUAAUGAAGUCAGUUUUUAA